GCUAUCGGCGCCAUUUCGAUAAUAUCAACUUAUUUUGUGAUUUUUUUCAAUUUUAUUUUUGAUUAGGUUUUAAAUGUGAUUAUUUGUUUGAGUUGUUACAUUUUUUGAUUGUUUACAGAUCGUUUUUUAAUUUGUUCAUUAAUGAAUAAUAACAACAGCUUGGAGAAACAAAGAGUCAGUGGCGCUGGUCGUGGCAAUUUGGAUAGAGCUUUGCGCUCAUUUUUCCAUGGUAAUAAUGGCCUUAAUCAGUUUUUUGAACAGUCGCCUGUGACCCAGGGCGCAGCGAAGUUGUGCGGCAAUGCUGCAUUAUCAGCGCUAGUAGAUGGGACCGGAAAUGGGAAUGGAAAUGAACAAAUCACAAAACAUGUUUGUGAUGAUGUUGAAUUCACCUAUUUGACGCCGUCAUCUAAGAAGGCGGCUCUCGAUUUCGUGGCUGCCAUAAUUAAAAACGAAGAUUUGAAUGUCUUCCGCUUUUUGGUGAUCUGUGAGCAAGCGGAUGAGGCAGCCGAUUGGAUGCAAGAGCUAGGCAGGCGUAGCGUUGGCUGCCUCUUGUUAAACGAACCCAAAAAGUUGAUUGACUUUUGCGUCAGCUUGUGGACCGACGGCACACUUAACUCGGUACUGAUUGUAUGCGAUCUUGUGUUGGAGCUGCUUGUGCAGUGUAGAUCUUUGAGAGUCAACUACUUGAUACACUCGACACAGCCAUUGCCGCAUGUGUUUCAAAAGCGUCUCGAUGCCUUGAUACCGAUACCACGCAAGGGCAUACAAGUGCUGGUCCUAAGAUGCCUGGCAGCGAACCAGUUUCAAUAUAUAGCUGCAGAAAAAGUGGCUCCCAGAGCCACAACAUCGAACGGCCAGGCAAGCAUAAGUCUAUCGGAGCUGAUAGCAACAGCAACAUUAGCACCAUCAGCAGAAAAACUCAGCUCAAUGCUAAAUAAAGAGUGUUCAGUCGAAGAUAUGUUGCCUGGCUCGGAUGCAAUAACCCAAACCAUGUCAAGCCCCACGCCCUCUGACACAUCAACAUCUUCAGAUGCUUUCGAUCCGGCUAUAGAACAUAAACCCAAGUCGCUCACCGUGCAGCCCAGUGAAGAUCAGUUCGAUACGGCCACCGGCUGUGUGCACGCAUAUAACAACUUCGGCAUCUUUGCCUGGAGUCGCUCGGAACAAAUUUCCUGCUUUAACAUAAGUGAAGUGGCCGCAAUUGGACCGACUAUCAAGGCAGCCAUGCAAGUGCUUAACAUUGGCCAUGCCCGCGCCAAAAGUGUGCAGCGCUACGCCUGGACGCACGUAGCUGCUGGUCGCUCCAUGUGCGCGAUCGGCAAUGAGUCAAUUGGCAAAACAUGGUGUUAUUUGCCCACGCUGUGUCAGCGCAAUAUUCACGAGUCGAAAUACCGUAAAUUCGACGGCACCGACUAUGGCCCCAGCAGCAUAAUCCUAUGCGCAAAUGCUCAGCAAGGCGAACAAAUUGGUAAAUGGUGCGUGGGCCUGCUGGGCAUGCAGCGCGAGGAUAUGGAGCACGUGAUCAAGCUAUUCAAGCGUACCACUGCUUUCGAGGUCGCCCAACGUAUGACACGUCCCUGCGGCAUUUUAAUUACAACUGUGGAGCAGCUAGGGCACAUAUAUCAAUUCCAUACCAAGUCAAAGCCCAUCUUUAAUCCGUUUGUCUUACGCUGUGUCGCCGUGGAUGGCAUCGAUGUCAUAUGGCGUAACAGCCGAAUCCAUUGCGAGAAAGUUACACAAUGGCUAUUAAAUAUUCUGCGCUUUGAGGAAGGCCACGCGCAGCUGUUCGUCGUUGGGCGUUUGUGGAUCGAACAGUUUAUGGGUCGCGUGUUACCAAAAUUGCCUGAUGUGUUGCUCAUGUUCGAGGAUGCGCUAGAAGCAUCCAUAUUUAACGGCCUAAAACUGGAACUGCUGACAACAAAAUCCGAUCAACAUGUGCAGGAUAUACUGGCGUUGCUGCAGAACAUAAAACUAGAUGAGCAGCGCGUGGUUCUAGCAUGCCAAGCAAAACCUGAAGCAUCGAAGCUAAGCAAACAACUCUCAAACGCGAACAUCAGUAAUAUAAUAAUAGACAAACAAGAUCGAUGUGCAGAGAUCGCAUAUGCCGAAUGGUCCAAAAAACGUCAGGCCAGCGUUUUAAUUACCAUUGACGAUGUGGUUCCCAAAUUGCGGGGCGGGAGUAUUGACUGUUUAAUCCACUGCGACUAUAGCAACUGGCCGCGUUUUAAGGCACGCUUCAGUCUAUUCUAUGGUAAUUACAAAACAACAAAAAACUCCAAUACAGCCACAUCCAUAAUGCAUGUUGGUCUUGGUGAUGUUGAGCAAACUUGGCUUAUCUGCGAUUUUAUGCUUAAGCACAAUCGUUCUCCGCCCGAAUCUUACAUGUCUAUGCUGACUGAAUAUCGCAGAAAAUGUGAACUUUUUCAACCGCGUUCUAAUAUACCGCUGUGCCGCCAUCUGAUGUCCUAUGGCAACUGCUAUCGUCACACGUGCCAAUAUCGGCACAUCUUGUGGGACUUUGAGACGGUGCCACCGGAUCACCAUCCAAAAAAAGGGAAUAUAGAAUUCCAUGUUCUUGCAAGCGUAACGCCAGCCCAAACUGCUGCCAAGCUAACGGAGGACAAGAUUUUCAAAUACUUUUUUAACAUGCCCGUUACCAAGCUGGGUGAAAGCAUUCAAUUGCAUUAUGAGAAUCCGCUUAAUCAAAAAGCGCAUUUGAAUCCGAAGGUUGGGGAUAUAUGCGUGUUAAAGCUUAAUAAACUAUAUCAACGGGUGGGAAUAACACGCGUGAAUACUGGAGGUCGCUUUGAUGUCAGACAGCUGGAUGCUGGCAUUGAAUUUUUAUUGAUACACAAAUCGGAACUGCUCGCGUGCGAUGCGAAGUUUAAAGACGAAUCAUUUGAGGCCUACGACCUGCGCAUCACUGGUCUAGCACCCUUCAAUAUGGAGCGCAUUUGGCCAGAGGAUGCCAAAAGACUGGUACGCCACAAAUUCUUCAAUCGAAAUUUGGGAAAGCCAUGUCGCACGUUUACUGCUAAGGUCGAUUUUGCUUUUCAUGAAAUAAUUUUCGUGGAAAAUGUGUACGACGAUGCCGGCAAUGACCUGAAAAGCUUUGUGCUCAAAAAUAUUCCCGUUCUCAUGGAUAAAGAUGUAAAGACGCGCCUGCAAGAAGUUAUUUCCAGGGCCAAACCGUUUCCUAAUGAAAAUCUCGCAAAUCCCACAAGUCCAUAAGAAUUUUAAUGUUGUGCAAGUAUAUCAAAUUAUUUUCUCAUAUAUGCAUUUUUCCAAAGACUAGCCCACAUAUGCAUGUUGCCAUUUCAAAACUUGUUUGUUUUUUUUUAUAAAUACAACGGCAUAUUGGGCGCAAAUUUUUAAAUUGUAAAACUUGAAUAUUUAUUUCCAUGUUUGUGAUUAUACAUUUUUAAAGCGUACGAUGCUUGAGAUCAAACCAAACAGAGUUAUAAUUAAAAUAAACAAUCUUCAAAAAACA